UAUGACGGAGAUUUAAAAAUUUCGAGUUGGCUACACUGUCAGCUGCAGCUCCGUAAAGCGAUCGCUUUUGAGUCAUUUUGCGUGAAACAUUGGAAUCUAAAGGUUACACUCUCAACAUGUACACUCUCGAAGAUGAUCAAUACGAUGACGAGGAUGCGGAGGAGAUUUCGUCGAAACUUUGGCAGGAGGCCUGCUGGAUCGUGAUCAACGCGUACUUCGACGAGAAGGGUCUCGUACGGCAACAAUUGGAUAGCUUCGACGAAUUCAUCGAGAUGUCCGUUCAACGUAUCGUCGAGGACUCACCGCAGAUCGAUCUACAAGCGGAGGCGCAACACACCACGGGCGAGAUAGAAAAUCCGGUGAGACAUUUGCUGAAGUUCGAGCAGAUCUAUUUGUCCAAGCCCACCCAUUGGGAGAAGGACGGCGCGCCGUCUCCUAUGAUGCCCAACGAAGCCAGGCUGAGAAAUCUAACGUAUUCGGCGCCGUUGUACGUGGAUAUCACCAAGACGAUCAUGAAGGACGGCGAGGAACCCAUAGAGACGCAACAUCAGAAGACUUUCAUCGGAAAGAUACCGAUUAUGUUGAGAUCGAAGUACUGCCUGCUGGCGGGCUUAUCCGAUCGCGACUUGACGGAAUUGAACGAAUGCCCGUUAGAUCCCGGCGGGUAUUUCAUCAUAAACGGCUCGGAGAAGGUGCUGAUAGCGCAGGAGAAAAUGGCGACGAACACCGUUUACGUAUUCAGCAUGAAAGAUGGCAAAUACGCGUACAAGGCGGAGAUCAGAUCCUGCUUGGAGCACAGUUCGCGUCCCACGUCUACCUUGUGGAUCAACAUGAUGGCGAAGAGCGGGGCCAGCAUAAAGAAAUCGGCGAUAGGUCAACGCAUCGUCGCCAUCAUACCGUACGUGAAGCAAGAGAUCCCGAUAAUGGUGGUUUUCCGUGCCCUCGGCUUCGUCGCCGACCGCGACAUCCUCGAGCACAUAAUCUACGACUUCGACGAUCCCGAGAUGAUGGAGAUGGUGAAGCCGUCCCUGGACGAGGCCUUCGUCAUACAGGAGCAGAACGUCGCGCUGAAUUUCAUCGGCACGAGGGGCGCCCGGGCGGGCGUCACCAAGGAGAAGCGUAUCAAGUACGCCCGGGAGAUCCUGCAGAAGGAAAUGCUGCCGCACGUCGGCAUAAGCGACUUCUGCGAGACGAAGAAGGCCUACUUCCUCGGCUACAUGGUGCACCGAUUGCUGUCCGCGUCCCUGGGACGAAGGGAGCUGGACGACCGGGAUCAUUACGGCAACAAACGAUUGGACCUGGCCGGGCCGUUGCUGGCCUUCCUCUUCCGCGCCCUGUUCAAGAACCUGAUGAAGGAGGUGCGCCUGUACGCGCAGAAGUUCAUCGACCGGGGCAAGGACUUCAACCUCGAGCUGGCGAUCAAGACGAAAAUAAUCACCGACGGGCUGCGGUACUCGCUCGCCACCGGUAACUGGGGCGACCAGAAGAAAGCGCAUCAGGCGAGGGCGGGCGUGUCGCAGGUACUGAACAGGCUGACCUUCGCCUCGACCCUGUCGCAUCUCAGGCGGGUGAACUCGCCGAUCGGGAGGGACGGCAAACUGGCGAAGCCGCGUCAGUUGCACAACACGCUGUGGGGUAUGCUCUGCCCCGCGGAGACUCCCGAGGGCGCCGCCGUAGGCUUGGUGAAGAAUUUAGCCCUGAUGGCGUACAUAAGCGUCGGCUCGCAGCCCUCGCCCAUCCUCGAAUUCUUGGAGGAGUGGUCGAUGGAGAAUCUCGAGGAGAUCGCGCCGAGCGCGAUCGCCGACGCGACGAAGAUAUUCGUGAACGGAUGCUGGGUCGGCAUCCACCGGGACCCGGACCAGCUGAUGGCCACCUUGCGCAAACUGAGACGGCAGAUGGACAUCAUCGUGUCGGAGGUGUCGAUGAUCCGCGAUAUCAGGGACCGCGAGAUCCGUAUAUACACGGACGCCGGUAGGAUCAGCAGGCCUCUGCUCAUAGUCGAGGGCCAGAAUUUACUGCUGAAGAAGCGGCACAUCGAUAUGCUGAAGGAGAGGGAUUACAACAACGAUGGGUGGCAGGAGUUGGUAGGUAGCGGAGUAGUAGAAUAUAUAGACACUCUGGAGGAGGAAACCGUCAUGAUAGCUAUGUCGCCUGACGAUCUUCGACAAGAGAAGGAGUACGCGUAUUGCACGACGUAUACGCACUGCGAGAUUCAUCCGGCGAUGAUCUUGGGCGUCUGUGCUUCCAUCAUACCUUUCCCUGAUCAUAAUCAGAGCCCUAGGAACACUUACCAGAGUGCCAUGGGUAAACAAGCUAUGGGCGUUUACAUUACGAAUUUCCACGUUCGCAUGGACACCUUGGCCCACGUCUUGUAUUACCCUCACAAACCGCUGGUCACCACGAGAUCGAUGGAGUACCUUAGGUUCCGCGAGCUGCCGGCCGGUAUCAACAGCAUCGUCGCGAUUCUGUGCUACACGGGAUACAACCAGGAGGACAGCGUCAUCUUGAAUGCCAGCGCCGUUGAGAGGGGCUUCUUCAGGUCGGUGUUUUACCGCUCUUACAAGGAGUCCGAGUCGAAGAAGAUCGGCGAUCAAGAGGAGCAGUUCGAGAAACCGUCGCGCGUAACCUGCCAGGGGAUGCGCAACGCCAUAUACGACAAAUUGGACGACGACGGGAUAAUCGCACCUGGAAUUCGAGUAUCGGGCGAUGAUGUGAUCAUAGGCAAAACAAUUACCCUGCCGGAAACGGACGAUGAGCUGGACAGCACGACGAAGCGUUUCACAAAACGCGACGCGUCGACGUUUUUGCGGAAUAGCGAGACCGGCAUAGUCGACCAGGUGAUGUUGACGUUGAACAGCGAGGGAUACAAGUUCUGCAAGAUUCGCGUGCGCAGCGUGCGCAUCCCGCAGAUAGGCGACAAGUUUGCGUCGCGCCACGGGCAGAAGGGAACUUGUGGGAUUCAGUACAGGCAGGAGGACAUGCCGUUCUCCUGCGAGGGUCUCACGCCCGACAUAAUCAUCAACCCCCACGCUAUCCCCUCGCGUAUGACCAUCGGUCACUUGAUCGAGUGCAUACAGGGGAAGGUUUCCGCGAACAAGGGUGAGAUCGGUGAUGCCACGCCGUUCAACGACGCCGUGAACGUGCAGAAGAUCUCCACGCUCCUGCAGGAGUACGGUUAUCAGUUGCGAGGGAACGAGGUCAUGUACAACGGGCACACGGGUCGUAAGAUCAAUGCACAGGUGUUUCUAGGGCCGACCUAUUACCAACGUUUGAAGCACAUGGUGGACGAUAAGAUUCACAGUAGAGCGAGAGGACCCGUGCAGAUUUUAGUUCGCCAGCCUAUGGAAGGUCGAGCGAGGGACGGUGGACUCCGUUUCGGCGAGAUGGAGCGGGACUGUCAGAUCUCUCACGGUGCGGCGCAGUUUCUGAGAGAGCGUUUGUUCGAAGUGUCAGAUCCUUACCGGAUUCACAUCUGUAACUUCUGCGGCUUGAUCGCCAUCGCGAACUUGCGAAACAACACUUUCGAGUGCAAGGGGUGCAAGAACAAGACGCAGAUUUCGCAAAUUAGAUUACCAUACGCGGCGAAGUUACUCUUCCAGGAACUGAUGGCAAUGAAUAUUGCGCCUAGACUCAUGACUACGUAAACCGGUAUGUAUUUUAUGUGAUGUGUAAAAUAAGUAGUAAAGAUUAAGUGAAAUCGUAUUAAACGUGAUAAUAUGUGAGUGAAACUUUUCACUUUAUUAUAAUCUUUGUAUCAAGUAACUUAAAUAUAGCAUCCGUUUUUAAACUUUUCGCGAUGUAUUGCCGACAUUUUUUGUUAAUAAAAACUGUCUCGCGGUAUUAGUAGAAUGUAAUAGAAAAGUAUUAAUUCAUUGAAAGUUUUCUUUCAAUAUCUUCCUUCAUAAACUGCGGUUUUACGAUGAGCGAAUACGAGAAGAAAGUACUAAUUAAAAGUACAAACCAAAAUAUAUAUAAAGGAGAGUGAUGUAUAAAAGCAUAAAAGGAUGAAAUCUUGUAAAAGUACUAUUUAUUGUUCCAUUG